UAGGAAAGUUUUUGUAGGCCAGCUUCAAGGGGAGCAACUUUAAAAUACUAUUGCAUCAGAACCGAAAAGCCAAACUAUGCAAUUUAGCCAACAGUCCAAUUUAGCGAACAAUUUUUCUUUAAGUUCCUGAAAUAAGAGUAACAUUAUGAUCCAAUUCAAUUUGUUUAUGUAACCUUUGAAAGUUGGGAAACUUUGAAUCUAUAUCCUUUUUUGUACAGAUCAAAAACAUCAACAAUUUCUGUGGGCCUAACAUGAUAUAAUUUAUACAGAAUAAUUAAAUAAAAAGUUGUUUAAACAUGAACAACUUAUUCUCCAAAAGUUUAAAAAUGGACAAUAAUACCUGAUUUUUAGUCUGUGAGCCAAAGUUGGCAGUUGCAAAUAGUUCGGGUCAAUUGUCAUGAAAUUUCUUGACUUGUGAAUUACUGUUGAUUCCCAUAGGCUUACAAUUAAUUGAGGGUUUUUCAAGAUGGUGAACUCACUGGAUUGGAUUUGCUUGAAACUUAAUUGGUUUAUUCAUAAUCUAAAAAAUUGUAUAUUGGGACAGUGGGUCAAACACCAAUUCUAAUUUCAGGAAUUUGUUUUAUUCUAUAAAAUUUUCAUUCUGUAAAAUUUAGUUAUAUUUGUAUAUAUGUUCCAAUAUCAAAUUUUAUUUAUUUUUAAUUUUAUCAAAAUCUGUAGUAAGUUAAAGUAUAGGUACUUCAACUGUUUGGCUAUAUCUCUGACGUAAGCACUGAAAUUAUGAUGUCACAUUCUUUGGGAAAUUAUUGUGGUUUGAGGAACAAUAAAUUUAAAUUAAGAGCUCAUCUAUUUUAUGAUCUUUUUUAACAGGAUAACUGAAGUAUAUUAAACCUUAUUACAUAUAAGGGAAGUAACUCAUUAGCACAUAACCAUGGAAGAUUUAGCAUUUCAAAAACCAGGUUCCAGCAAAGACAGUAUGAAAAGUAGGAGCAAGUUUUAUUCUGAUUUAAGCUUCGAAGAUGAUUUUAAUCCAACAAGUGUCAAACCAAAACAAAACACAACGUCAUUUACACCAGCUUUUCCUGUUCACAAUGUAACACCAAAUUCCAUACAAAGAAGUACAACACCGAAUUUCAACUUGUCAAGUGUCAAAUCUGAAGCAUCUAGUACACCUCACGAAUCUGUUUCUGCAACAGAUGACUUAGAUGAAAGACUUACUAAUGUACACGCUAGUCCAUUAAUGUGUUAUGUUUUAAGAUUAAAACAUGGUGAGGAGUUGAGAAAAACUUUAAAGGCAUUUGUUAAAAAGAAUGCAUUGAAAGCUGCAUUUGUUUUAACUUGUGUGGGAAGUGCUGUGUCCGCAAAAUUGAGAUUAGCUAAUGCAACUGCCAAUACAGAAGCAAAUUAUAUGUUAGACAUUGUUCAUCCAACAGAGAUUGUUUCUCUUGAAGGAACAAUAUCAGGAGGAGGUCACUUGCAUGUUGCUUUAUCAGAUGCUACUGGUAAAAUGUCUGGUGGUCAUUUGAUUGAGUUAAUUGUUGACACGACUGCUGAAGUCGUCAUCGGUGACUGUAGCGCAUUAUCAUUCUCAAGAAACUUUGACCAAACAACUGGAUUUAAUGAACUUAAUAUUUCCAUGAGAUAGUGAAUCACAAGUGAUCCAAGAAGUGAAUCCAAGGUGGUUGUACCAACAGUUCGGUUUGUAAUUAUCCCAGUGACAUAUUGAUUGUCUUUUGACUGGUUUUAAAACUUUUAAUAAAGAAUUUGUUGAAGUUUUUGUAUUUUUAUGCAUGAUGAUGGAUAGCAUCAGUGCAUCAACUUUGUUUGCCAUGAAUUCAUUGUUGAAAAUAGUAUAUAUUUUUUGGUCUUCUAAUAUUAAUAGCCUACAUAUUAAGUACCAAAUGAAUAUAAGACCCUAGAUUCUAAGUUUUUCUUACUCCCUAACCAAUUUCAUUAUGAUAUUUUAUCAACUCUAUCCUUAUUUAGAAAUGAUUUAAAAUCAUAUUACUGUAUUCAACGCCACAUUCCCAUAUUCAUAUAUAUUUUUUAUUUUUGUUAAAGAGACCUUUAGUUUUAAAGUAAAAUAAAAUCAGUUUUUUAAAAUGCUCCUUCCCCAUUGGAAUAACUUUUAUUUUCAUGCAUUAAUGAGAUUUCUUUUUUAACUGAUUUUGAUAAAAAUAUAUUGAUGGUUGUAAAUAAAUUUAGGGAAAUUAGUCCCAUUUAUUUUACUCAUCCAACUAUUUAUAUUGUGUUUUUGAAUAUUGUAUUUUUAAACUUUCCUAACAUUUUAUAACAUCCUUUAACAAAAAUUGUAUUUUUCUUUUUCUUUAUUUAUGUAAGAAACCAUCCGGCGAAA